GUGCUUUUGUGUACGUCGUUGUUGCGUUUGCAUGUUGUCACGUCUUUGUACGUGAUUGCGGGGUGUAUAUGAGCGCUUGAUGAGUCCGCAAUUGCCUUGUGCAUGUUGCUGUUCAUGACGCUGUGCUUUGCUGUGUUUCUGUGCAUUGCAUUCUGCGCAUCUGUCCUCAUUGCCGCUGCUUAUCACUUUGGCUCAGGUUUUGGAUCGCUGUUGCGUGCGCUCGGAAACCGACGCUCAAACGCCGAAACAGACAACAUUGAGGCGUGCCGUGACUUGUCUGGACGUCGCCUUCGCCACGUUCACGACGAGAAGGCGGUGAACGAGUGGCUGGCGCAGAGCGAGGAGCGAAAGGAGGAGGCAGCGCGCCGCCGCCGGGCCAAGCUUGAGCGCGACAUUGCGCCGCCCAAACACACGUUUGACCGCCACUCCCUUGCCAUUGAGCUGCAGGAGCAGGCCAUGUCUGUCAGCGCAGCCGUCGGCACAGCGAUUACCAAGAAGACAGUGGAUGAGAUGUACCCGCCCAACGUCGGGGGCAGCGGCAAGAAGAAUGUGGCCACAAAAGGUGACACUCCACACAAGCCCGCCGCAGGCAACGCCGCACGCCGCACAGCCUCGGCACGCCGCGGCGUUGCACUCAAAGAUGAGUGGGACUCUGAGACGACUGAUGACGCCGCUACAGAUGACGAGGAGCUGGCGGCAAAGCGCAGGAAGCACAUGGAUGCCGUGGAGGCAAGGCUGCAGAAGAUCAAGGCAGCGCACGCAGCGGCAGCAACGGCGCCAAGCACGAAGAAGGGUGAGGAUAAGGGCACCACCGAUGCGCAGAAGGAGCACAAGAAGGACAAGGAGGAGGACGACGACGAGCGCAAGGAACAGGGGAAGGAAGAAGCCAAGCAGCGCAGCAAUGCUGAUGAAGAGGACAAGGAGGAGGACGAUGAUGGUGAAAGCAGUGAUUGA